AAAUAAGCGAACUGAAGAAAAGUAAAUCAAAUAAUGAACUUCAAGACAAGACCACUAAUAAUAAUAUUGUUGUUGCUUUGCUACUUAAAGACCUUUCUGCUGAAACUGAUCUAGUAGCUCAAGAAUUAUCAAAUAAUAUUAAAGAAUAUAUUCAAAUAAUUGAUCAACCAGCUACGACAGAAGAUAUACUAAUGGAUAAAGAUAUUAUUGAAAUAGCUGUUGAAGUAUUAGAGAAAGUUAGAAGGUACCAAAAGGGUCUCGAUAUUGAAAAAGGAUUUGAUGAGAAUGUGUUAAUUAUGUUACAAAAAAAGCUCAAAGAAUG